UAGUCUGGAAGUGUCGACUUUACGCUAUUUGAUCAUCGCGCGCUCAAUUACGUCGUAACUCAAUUGUGCACAAUUUGUAUCAAAUUUGUCUUUACUAAAUCGACUUCGAAGUGAUGACGAAAAGCAUGAAAGAAAUUUUGAUUGUGCUCAGUGCGAUUCUAGCUGCCACAGCUGAAAUGGUCACAACUGAUCCCAAAGUGAGUAUGAUGGAGGAAGAACUUCGAAAAGAGAUUUCUCUCAAAAAACAGUCAACAUCGGAAGUUGAAAUGAUGCAACUGCCACUUGAAUUACUGCCUUAUCCUUUGCAAUCCGAAAAUAUUAAUAAAACGAAAACGUGUACAUUGUGCGAAUAUUUAUUGCUAGUAUUUGUUUAUUUUGGAGACAUUACAAAUGUAAAUGAGGAAAAAGUGAAAGAAUUUCUUGGAAGAGUGUGUAUAAAAAUACCUACUUUCAUUAGAGAUGAUUGUCAAAAUGUUGUAAAUACUUAUGGAGGUGCAAUUGUGACCACACUUGCUAUGGAUAUCGAUCCAUCUCUGGUUUGUUCUAUGAUACGUAUUUGCCCAUCGGAAUCAUUAGUAAAUAUAUGGGAAGAAAUUCCUAAGAAUUUCAUUAGCAUAAAAAAUAAGCCAAAUUGUCCAUUCUGUUUGCUUGCAGUAUCGCAGAUUUAUAAUGUUAUUAAAAGCGAUAAAACUAAGACUAGCAUUGAAGUUGAAUUGAAUAAAUUAUGUAAUCGUUUGCCACGUACUUUGAACAUUGUAUGUACAAAUUUUGUGCAGACGUAUAGCAUAGGACUUGUAGGGUUAUUACUUGUAGACUCAUCUACCGAAGAAGUAUGCAAUUAUCUUCGUUUGUGUGUUCCAACUGAUAAUCUUGAUGAAAUGUAACUAUUGUUGCAAAAGUACUUAAUCAAUGAAACAUAGUAUAAUCACAAUGAAAUACCUGAGUAUCAUUACAUAUAAGUCAAUCCAUGAAAAUAAAUUCAUGAACGAGUUGCAUAAGUUCGUGUAAUACAAAUUGCAUACAAAUGUAAUGCAAAUUGAAAGCGAAAUGAAGAAAUCUAACGAAGAGAUAAUAUGCUAUGUUUCUCAAUUGGAAAUAUUAUUAGAAUUAUAGAGAUAUUAACCAUAGCGAAGAACCUAUUUUAUAAUAGUACAUAUCAAUCAUUAAAUCUCUGUAA